AUGGUUCACGAAGAUUCCCAAGUUGCUUAUUCGUCGGACGUUUAUCUAUACGUCACCGGAGUUGUGAGCUUUGUGACACAAUCUAGACCUUUGAUGAUUAUCCUCUGUCAGAUCACUAGCAAUACCUAUUCAGUGUACGAAAGGUGCUAUCAGAUUGAUAAACUUGAACAAUUGCAGCCUAUUCGUGAAUGUAUGUGGCAAUUCGUCAAACCAGCUCUGAAAGAGAUCGUGAAUGUGCCUGUCGAAAAACCAUUCGCAAAGUCUCGUGCGUGCGAGAAGAAAGGCUUCAAAGUAAGGACUCAGUACCCUCCGCUCAGCUUUCUCUACAAGCUUGCUAAGGAGCAAGGUCUUAUAAAAUGA